GCUCGCGCUGUAAUGACGCAGAUCCUUGCCGCCACUUUUGUAAACGACGGCGUGAGUCGUCUGAGUUUAGUCGAACUAUUUCCACAAAAGGUGUCAAAAUGAGCGGGUUCAGUUUUGGGCAGACCACGACGGCAUUUUCUUUCAGUACACCUAAGACCACCGCCGGGGCUGCUCCUGCUUCUGGCUUUGGACUAACCAACAGCACACCAGCUCAGCCAGGAGGAGGGGGCUUCUCAUUCCAGACCUCGGCUCCGACCCCGGCAUCCAGUUCUCAGACCUCCAGUCUUUUCCCUUUGCCUGUCCAGGGAACCCAGAGCACUCAGGGGGGCUUUAGCUUCAGCACCCCGGCGCAAACCAGCACCACGGGCGGAGGCUUCAGCUUUGGCAUCUCGACUCCAAAGCCUGCUACAACUGGCCUGACACUUACCUCUAUGGCGGCUCCUUCCUCGGGGUCAGGCUUCACAUUUGGAUCGGGGCCCACCACUCAGACCAGCGUGGCUCAGCCACAAGUUUCAACAGGAGGAUUUUCCCUGGGAGGCCUAACUGCCACUCAGCCUUCAGGAGGGUUCAGUUUUGGAGGUGCUAAGGUUCAGGUCACCGCGGCUUCAACAGCUGCGACAGGCGGCGGGUUCACAUUUGGGAGCAGCACGUCAGCCGCAACAACUGCUGCAGCAAGUCAGCCUUCAGCCACUUUCACUCUGGGCAGCCAGCCUACAGGCCUGACUUUGAGCUCUUGUGUCCCAGCAACAACAGCAGUGACAACCACAACCCAGGGUUCUGGCUUUUCCUUUGGAAUAAAACCUUCAGCUACUCCAACUCCAACUCCAACCCCGACCUCGACCCCAGGCCCGGCCUCCACCACCAUCCCUGCCAGCCAAACCACCGCUUCUUCUCUCUUCACUACACCUGCACCUUCUGCAGUAUCAACUGUUUCUACGGGGUUCACUUUGGGGGCCACAUCCACAGCUGGCAGUGCUGCCACCACCUCAGCUGCCACUGGCACUGUGGGAUUGAUGCUCAAACCGCUGGGGGCAGCCACCACCACCAUCACCACCACAACAGCUUCAGCUACUACCACUGCUGCCACAACUUUCUCACUUGGCCUGAAGCCUGUGGGCACCAUGGCUCCGAUUGCUGGUACUGCCACGUCCACCACUACCGCCACCGCAGCUAGUGCCCCCCCAGUGAUGACAUAUGCUCAGCUAGAGGCCCUCAUCAACAAGUGGAGUCUGGAGCUGGAGGACCAGGAGAGGCACUUCCUCCAGCAGGCCACACAGGUCAAUGCCUGGGACCGCAUGCUUGUGGAGAAUGGAGAGAAGAUUACAUCGUUGCAUAAAGAGAUGGAGAAGGUGAAACUGGAUCAGAGAAGGCUGGACCAGGAGCUGGAUUUUAUUCUGUCACAGCAGAAGGAACUGGAAGACCUGCUGGGUCCUCUGGAGGAGUCGGUGAAGGAGCAGAGCGGCACUAUUUACAUGCAGAAUGCAGAUGAGGAGAGGGAGAGGACGUACAAGUUGGCUGAGAACGUGGAUGCUCAGCUCAAGAGAAUGUCCCAGGAUCUGAAGGAGAUCAUUGAGCACCUCAACACAUCCAGCGGCCCUGCUGACACCAGCGACCCUCUUCAGCAGAUCUGCAAAAUUCUGAAUGCACACAUGGACUCGCUGCAGUGGAUAGAUCAGAACUCAGUUCUUCUUCAGAGGCGUGUGGAGGAGGUGUCGAAACUGUGUGAAAGUCGUCGUAAGGAACAGGAGAAGAGCUUUCAUAUCAACUUUGAGUGAUUUUUCCAGAUUGUACAUAAAUAUUAUUAGUGCACUUGUCAGUGUGGGGAAAAAUAACCCUCGGAGAGGUUUGGGGGUGGAUGGAUUGACUCUU